UUAGAGAGAGAAUCUCGCGCACAAUAAAUUCGUGUUUGUAUAUAUCUCCGCUAUCUUCUCGGUGGUCUCAGAUCAGGUUUCGUCGAAGCGAUGGAGAAAGGCAAUGUUAUGGAAGCGCCAUCUUUGUCCGCCCAAGAUGAGGCUGAUGCUUUUGUGAAACAUGACUACUCUGCUCAGGAUGUAGCCGAUGCUUUUGUGAAACAGUACUAUAAUAUCCUGCAAACAUCUCCUAAAGAUGCUCAUAAAUUUUACAAGGAUGAAAGCAUCCUAGCCCAUCCAUGUGCUGAUGGUUCAAUGAAAUCGUUAACAACAUUGAAGGAUAUUGAUCAUGAGCUCAUGUCUUCCAAUAUCAAGGACUGGAAUCCUAAUCUAAGCACCGUGUAUGCUCAAGACUCGAUAAUGGAGUCAGUGCUUGUAGGAGUAACCGGCUCUUUGACUGACAAUGAUAAUGUGACCAGACACUUUACUCACAGUUUUUUCUUGGCACCACAAAACGGCGGUGGCUUUUUUGUACGCAAUGACUUUCUUCAGUUUAUCGAAAUCAACAAGAUUUCAGAAACUUCACUUCCUCUUGAUGAUGCUGCAAACCAUCUGAUUGCUCCACAGUCGAAUGAUACAGCGAAAGACUCCUCCUUGGAGACUGCAGAAGCUCCCGAAAAGGAUCUGACCAAGAAGUCUACAUCUAAAAAGGAGGAUGGUGAUUCAUCAAAAGGAAAGAAAUCACUUCCUGCUGAACCAAACAAGAAAAGCGAACCCUUAACCCCCCAGCCAGCUCCAAACAUGCAAGAUGAUGCAAAAAGAGUGUCCUAUGCAUCUAUUGUGGCAAAAGAGGGUUCAGUAGCAUCCAUUCCGCCAGCAUCUCCAAAUGCUGUUGUAAGAGCUUUGCCCAACACUGAUAGGCAAUCAAGUAUGCAUCUUGCCAUACCCAAACCAUCUGCUCUUCCUGCCAAAGCAUCAACGCUUCCUAGCAACGUUGCUACAGAAAACAUCUACGACUUUAAGUCGAUACGCAUCAAGGAUCUACCACCAAAAAUAACUCAUGACUCACUUCUAGAGGUGGUUAAGAAAUUUGGUCCUGUCAAACAUAAAAAUAUUCAGAUUAAAGAAUACUCAGAGGAUGGGUAUCGUUAUGCUUUUGUUGAAUUUGAUAACACCAAAUCUGCCCGCAGCGCAAUAGAGGCUCGCUACAUCAAGUUUGAGGAUAGAGAAUCCGAAAUUCAGUAUAAGAGAUCUUCUAAUCAAGGAGGGUAUAAUAACAUGGGGAGGUCACCAUCUGGAAAGGGAGGAUUCCGAAACGACAAUUUUUGGCCUCGUGAUGGAGAAGGUCGUGGUAGUGGCAGUUGGGGUAGGUACAAUGAACAUGAAAACGGUGGUGACCCUUCUGGACAAGCUCGAGACUAUAAUCAAAGGCGUACCAGGUUCGUCCAAGAUCAAGCUCGGAGCUUCACAUAAGCUAUAAAUCAUAGUGAUUAAACUUCUUAAAAGGUGCGGGUUUCCUUCUUUGAAUUAAAGGUACUUAGAAUUUUUUGUGGGUUUUCGUUCUAGGUUUUGAUCAAAGGAUUUUUGAGUCGAAUGUUUCUUCUUGGUUUUCGGUAUUAUUAAGGGUAUACAGAAAGAUCAGCCAUGGUUUUUUUUUUCUUUCUAAAAUAGCUUACAAAGAUGCCCAAGAAACAAAGGUUUUAUGGCGU